AUGGGAGGUGCAGUGGGAAAGGUUGUUUCACCUAAAAAAGAAUGGAUACCAGAAACAAAGCUUGAGGUAAAAAUGGUUGAAGCUAUGCGGCGGAGGGAAGCUCAAGGAACUUCGAUAAAAUCAUUCAACAGCAUAAUCUUAAAAUUCCCAAAAAUAGAUGAAAGCUUAAGAAACUGUAAAGCUAUUUUUGAGCAAUUUGAUGAAGAUUCUAAUGGGGCCAUUGAUCAGGAAGAGCUGCGGAAAUGUUUCCAUAAGCUGGAGACUACAUUUACAGAGGAAGAAAUUAACGAUCUCUUUGAGGCAUGUGAUAUUAAUGAGGAUAUGUGCAUGGAGUUCAAUGAGUUUGUUGUACUUCUCUGUCUUGUCUAUCUUUUGAAGGAUGAUCCUGCUACACUUCAAGCUAAAUCACGAAUGGGGAUGCCAGAUUUGGAGGCCACGUUUGAAACACUGGUUGAUGCAUUUGUGUUCUUGGACAAGAACAAGGAUGGUUAUGUCAGCAAGAAUGAGAUGGUUCAAGCCAUAAAUGAAUCAGGAGAACGUUCUUCUGGACGAAUAGCCAUGAAAAGAUUUGAAGAGAUGGACUGGGAUAAAAAUGGAAUGGUGAACUUCAAGGAAUUUCUGUUUGCUUUCACUAAUUGGGUUGGAAUUGAUGACAACGAAGACGAUGAGGAAGUUGAAGAAAAGGACUGA